AUGCUCAUCAUCCUCGACACAUUCAGACGCAGGCGAAUCAACAUGCGCGUGAUCAAACCGAACACAAUGUUUCGUAUCCUGUUGCUGGUCGUCAUCUCGGUCGUGCAUUGUCAAGCGUCUCGACCCAAGAAAGUAAUCGCAUUCGACAGCAGCCCCGUGCAAAAGCGUAAUCUCGGAGGGAAGCUGAAGGACUGGUACCUCAUCAACCACACCAAGAACUACUUCUGCACCGACACCGGUCGUCUGGUGCCUGUCGAUCCCCACACGGGUCACAUGCUGUUGAAAGGCCUGCGAAGGCGUGACAAUUGGUUCGACGAUUUGGUCGGUCAUUCGCACGCUACGGAGCGUGGAAUUUGUCGAAAUCCGACUUGGGUUCUGCCUCAAGGCUGGACGCAGCCAAUCCCUGUGACGCAGUUCAACGCCCAGUAUCCGUGGAUGACGGUGGACGACCGUGGUCAGAUUCGUUUGCGCGACGAUUUUCGGAGCUGGUUGGAGCAGCGACAGGCUGCUGGAGCCCAGAUGACGGCUCCUGCUGCCGGUGGCGGUGCUGGCGGUGGAGCGGGCGCUGGAGCGCUUCCAGAUGGCGGAGCAGGCUACAUUCCUCCUUCGGCGAUGACUUUUGCUCCUGGAACGGGUACCGCUUCUGGAUUGGGACAGAACUCUUUCGGCAAUGGUGUCACCGCUGGCAGCGCCGCGCACAUCUGA